UCGACUCUUCCCUUGUAUACCCUCCCGGUUCACAUGUCAUUAUGAACGAGAAGAGCUCUGAUCCCCCCGUCUCCGUCGCUGUGGCGGAUGACGCCGCCCCUACCGAGGCCGUCAAGCAUCUGAAGGAGCUGAAGGAACAUCAUCAUUGGGAUCCCAAUCUUCCUGAAGAGAUCACAGAUGAGAUUGAUGAUGCGCUGCAAACUACGGAUGAGAAGAAUCGAGAGGGCAUCGCCCACGAGCUCCUCGAGAACUCUCCUUACCCUGAAGUGCGUGCUGCCGUGCCCAAUGUCGACGAGGGUGGACACUCCAACACCAUUCGCGCCUGGACUAUCGGUAUCAUCCUCUGCACGCUGGGUUCGGGCCUUAACAUGCUCUUCUCCAUGCGUCAACCCUACAUUGUUAUCCCCUCCUACGUCGCCCAGGUUGUUGCUUACCCUAUUGGUAUGGUCUGGGCGAUGGUAAUGCCCAACAAGGUACGCAAGGUGUUUGGAGUCGAAUUCAAUCUCAAUCCUGGUCCAUUCAGCAAGAAGGAACAUGCCAUAAUUGUCAUCAUGGCCAAUGCCACCUUUGGUGGAGGUGCAGCCUAUGCGACGGACGUCCUGCUUGCUCAGCGUGCCUUCUACAACCAACGGUUCGGUUGGGGCUUUGAGCUCCUCAUGUGUAUUUCCACCCAGAUGCUUGGGUUUGGCAUGGCAGGCUUCUUCCACCGCUUCCUGGUCAGCCCCGCCGCGAUGAUCUGGCCUGCUAACCUGAUCAACUCCACCCUGUUCACUGCUCUUCAUGACCACACCAAACCGGAUCCCCGCAAGGUCUCCGGUUGGACCAUUGGCAAGUACCGCAUGUUCUUAUAUGUCAUGUUGGGAUCGUUUUUCUGGUACUGGUUCCCGGGAUAUAUCGCUCCCUUCCUGAGUGUCUUCGCUUGGGUGACCUGGAUCAAGCCCCAAAGCCCUGUGGUCAACCAGCUGUUCGGUGGGUGGACCGGUUUGUCACUGAUCCCCAUGACCUUCGAUUGGACCCAGAUUUCCGGUUUCAACUUCAGCCCUCUCAUUGCCCCCUGGCACGGUAUUGCAAACACCCUCAUUGGCAUGGUGGUCUUCUUCUGGAUUGUCACCCCUGCCCUGCACUACUCUGGCGCUUAUUUCGGCCAAUAUUUGCCCAUCAGCGAUUCCUCCAGCUAUGAUAACACUGGCCAGGUUUACAAUGUCUCUCGUAUCCUCACCCCGGAAAUGACCUUCGAUCUUAAGAAGUACCAAGAGUACUCUCCACUGUUCCUGUCCACCACCUUCACCCUUUGCUACGGCCUGUCGUUUGCUACUAUUAUCGCGGUCCUCAUGCACGCCAUUCUCUUCCAUGGCAAGGAUAUCUGGACUCGUUUCCGUCACGUUGGUCGUGAGGAGGAGGAUGUUCAUGGUCGUCUCAUGGCUCGUUUCAAGCCCGUGCCUAUGUGGUGGUACGGCGUGAUCACCCUCGUCAUGAUUGGCAUGGCCCUCGGUGUCAUCGUGGGUUACCCCACUCAUUUGAGCUGGUGGGCAUUCUUCGUUUCUCUCAUCAUGGCUGUUGUUUGGUUCGUGCCUUGCGGUAUUAUCCAGGCCUCUACCAACAUCCAGAUCGGUCUCAACGUCAUCACGGAGUUUGUCGUGGGUUACAUGCAGCCUGGUCGCCCUAUGGCCAUGAUGCUGUUCAAGACCUACGGCUAUAUUAGUAUGUACCAGGGUCUGUUCUUCUGCCAGGACAUGAAGCUAGGCCAUUACAUGAAGAUCCCCCCAAGAGUUACUUUCUCAGCCCAGAUGAUCGCCUGUCUAUGGUCCUCUGUUGUCCAAAUUUGUGUCAUGAACUGGGCCCUGGGUGCCAUCACAGACGUGUGUAAAUCGGACCAGCCUAACCACUACACCUGCCCCAACGGUCGUGUCUUCUUCAACGCUUCCGUCAUCUGGGGUACCAUUGGGCCCUCCCGUAUGUUCUCUCCUGGUCAGCUCUACUCUGGAAUGAUGUGGUUCUGGCUUGCGGGCUUCCUCCUCCCCCUCGCCAUCUACAUCGGUGCACGCAUGUUCCCCCGCUCCAGGAUUCGCUUCCUCAACGCCCCUGUGAUUUUCGGUGGCUCUGCCCUCAUCCCCCCCGCCACCCCUCUCAACUACCUCUCCUGGGGUAUUGUUGGCUUCGUUUUCAACAAGUUCAUCCGUGACCGCUGGCGCGGCUGGUGGAUGCAGUACAACUACGUCCUGUCCGCUGGUCUGGACGUUGGUCUUGCGCUCUGCACCAUCUUGAUCUUCUUGACUCUGAACUUGACCAAAACCGACUUCCCUGCAUGGUGGGGUACCAAUAUUGCCGCCAAUACCAUGGAUGCCGCGGAUACCGCAAUACAGGUUCCCAACGUGAAGUUUGGUCCGGAUAGCUGGUAAAACCUCUCCCCCACCACAAAAAAAUCAAAAAGAAAAUCCCAAGUUUCGCUCAGCCGGUCAGUCAGUUAUGUCUGUGCAUAUAAGCAUGCCUUUGUGUCUGUAUCUGAGUGAGUAUAUGUCUGUAUGUCAGUGUGGGUGGGUAUUUGUCUAUGUGUGUGUGUAAUCUCUCUUGUACCAAGAGGAAUAAUGUUUUCUUUUUCAACUCAACUCAACUCAACCGAAAUGAGGGAAGGAAUAAUGUUGUGGUUUUAUAAUGUCAUUACGAUUUGAUUCUGGAGUUGAUGCGUUAUGACUAUGGUGAAACUCAACAUAACUAGUACUAGGCAGUGGCUAGUUCCUAGGUAUUCAUGCUGUUAGGACCUUCAGGAAAG